GAGUGUCUCCACGGCCUUUCUUCUCCGUGUCUUUUUCUUCUCCCUACACCCUUUUUUAUUAUAGGCCGAUCUGCAAUCAUAAUUCAAAAUGGUUAACUUCACCGUCGACCAAAUUCGUGCCCUUAUGGACAAGGUCACCAAUGUCCGGAAUAUGUCCGUCAUUGCCCAUGUCGACCACGGCAAGUCCACCCUCACCGACUCUCUCGUCCAGAGAGCUGGUAUUAUCUCGGCUGCUAAGGCUGGUGAGGCUCGUUUCACCGAUACUCGCAAGGAUGAGCAGGACCGUGGUAUCACCAUCAAGUCCACUGCCAUCUCGCUUUACGCUGAGAUGACCGACGACGAUGUCGCCGACAUCAAGCAGAAGACCCAGGGAAACAACUUCUUGAUCAACUUGAUUGACUCGCCCGGUCACGUUGACUUCUCGUCUGAGGUCACUGCCGCUCUCCGUGUCACCGACGGUGCUCUCGUCGUCGUUGACUGCGUUGAGGGUGUCUGUGUCCAGACCGAGACUGUCCUGCGUCAGGCCCUUGGUGAGCGCAUCAAGCCUGUCUGUAUCAUCAACAAGGUCGACCGUGCUCUUCUCGAGCUCCAGGUCACCAAGGAGGACUUGUACCAGUCUUUCUCGCGUACCGUUGAGUCCGUCAACGUCAUCAUCGCCACCUACUACGACAAGGCUCUCGGUGACGUCCAGGUCUACCCCGAGAAGGGUACCAUUGCCUUCGGCUCUGGUCUCCACGGAUGGGCUUUCACGGUCCGUCAGUUCGCUAUGCGUUACUCCAAGAAGUUCGGUGUCGACCGUUCCAAGAUGAUGGAGCGUCUUUGGGGAGACAACUACUUCAACCCUGCCACCAAGAAGUGGACCAAGACCGGCACUGACGCCAAGGGCAAGCCCCUCGAGCGUGCUUUCAACAUGUUCAUCUUGGACCCCAUCUUCCGCAUCUUCGAUGCCAUCAUGAACUUCAAGAAGGACCAGAUCCCCGUCCUUUUGGAGAAGCUUGAGAUCCACCUCAAGGGUGAUGAGCUUGAGCUCGAGGGCAAGGCCCUCCUCAAGGUUGUCAUGCGCAAGUUCUUGCCCGCUGCCGAUGCCCUGAUGGAGAUGAUGGUUCUCCACCUUCCUUCGCCCGUCACUGCCCAGGCCUACCGUGCCUCGUCUCUCUACGAGGGACCUGACGACGAUGAGUGCGCUAUUGCCAUCCGCGACUGUGACCCUAAGGGACCCCUUAUGCUUUACGUCUCGAAGAUGGUUCCCACUUCCGACAAGGGUCGUUUCUACGCUUUCGGUCGUGUCUUUGCUGGUACUGUCCGCUCUGGCAUGAAGGUCCGUAUCCAGGGCCCCAACUACGUUCCUGGCAAGAAGGAGGACCUUUUCAUCAAGGCUAUCCAGCGUACCGUUCUUAUGAUGGGACGUUUCGUCGAGCCCAUUGACGAUGUUCCUGCCGGUAACAUUGUCGGUCUUGUUGGUGUUGACCAGUUUUUGCUCAAGUCUGGUACUUUGACCACCUCCGAGACUGCCCACAACUUGAAGGUCAUGAAGUUCUCUGUGUCGCCUGUCGUCCAGGUCGCUGUUGAGGUCAAGAACGCCAACGACCUGCCCAAGCUUGUUGAGGGUCUUAAGCGUCUGUCCAAGUCCGACCCUUGCGUUCUCUGCAUGAUGAACGAGUCUGGUGAGCACAUUGUUGCUGGUACCGGUGAGCUGCACUUGGAGAUUUGCUUGAAGGAUCUCGAGGAGGACCAUGCUGGUGUUCCGUUGAAGAUCUCUGAGCCUGUCGUCACCUACCGUGAGACUGUUAGCGCGGAGUCGAGCAUGACUGCUCUGUCCAAGUCGCCCAACAAGCACAACCGUAUCUUUGUUAAGGCUGCUCCUCUUGAUGAGGAGGUCAGUCUUGCUAUUGAGAGCGGCAAGAUUUCUCCCCGUGAGGAUUUCAAGAUCCGUGCUCGUCUGCUUGCUGAUGAGUUCGGCUGGGAUGUUACCGAUGGUCGUAAGAUCUGGUGUUUCGGUCCCGACGGAACUGGCCCUAACUUGGUUGUUGACCAGACCAAGGCCGUUCAGUACCUUAACGAGAUCAAGGAUUCGGUUGUUGCCGGAUUCCAGUGGGCUUCCAAGGAGGGUCCUAUCUUUGGCGAGAACUUGCGUGGUGUUCGUGUCAACAUUCUCGAUGUUGUGUUGCACGCUGAUGCUAUUCACCGUGGAGGUGGUCAGAUCAUUCCUACCAUGCGUCGUGUUGUGUACGCGUCGACUCUGCUUGCUGAGCCGCGUAUCCAGGAGCCCGUUUUCUUGGUUGAGAUCCAGUGCCCUGAGAACGCUAUUGGUGGAAUUUACUCUGUUUUGAACAGAAAGCGUGGACAGGUUCUGUCUGAGGAGCAGCGACCGGGAACUCCUUUGUUCACUGUCAAGGCUCACUUGCCUGUGAACGAGUCCUUCGGAUUCACCACUAUUCUGAGACAGGAGACUGCCGGCCAGGCUUUCCCCCAGAUGGUUUUCGACCACUGGCAGACUAUGAACGGUUCGCCUUUGGACGUUGCCUCGAAGCCUGGACAGAUUGUUACCGAGGCCAGAAAGAGACACGGAAUGAAGGAGGUUGUUCCUGGAUACGAGGAGUACUACGACAAGUUGUAAGUGUGGUUUAGGUCAUGCUUUGUGUUUGUCGGGUAUGAAUUUCCCAAAUCUUGAAAUUGUUGUUAUUUUUCAUUUUCUAUUGUGUGUUUUGUGAGGACCUUUUUGAAGAGUAAAAAGAUAAUUUGAGCUUUUAUUCUAUGUUCUUUUUUACUUUUUUUAAACAAAAAUAAAUUUUAUCAAAGUUA